GUGACUUUUCGACAAGUUUCACCGAUUCUACAAAAAUUUCUCAGGGUGAUGUAUUUAUACAAUUCGGUAUGAGUCGUGUAAGCGUAAUAGGUGUGUUUCAAUUUGAUGCUCCAGAACAUGAGUUCUUGAGACAAGUCACAGACGCUGAUAUACAAGCAGCCGAAAAGAAAUAUCUUCAAACACUAGAUAUAGUUUUAAGUAAGAAAAGGCGCAUUUUGGUCUCUCAAGCACGCCAAAGAAGUGCUGUAGAGCAAGGUUCUCGAGUUGGCGGAUUUAUGCGAAAAAUGAUUAAUACAAUGGCCAAUCACAUGGGAAUAGGUGGCGAAAACAUUGGGAUGCUGCGUCAAGAAGUCGUUGGAUUAGAAAAUAUUAGUCGCCAGUUAUUUAUAGAUAUUGAUGAUCUAUAUCAAGAGCGGGCUAAUAAGAGUAAUGUCAUGCUUUCCUCUGCUUCAAUGAGUUCCAUAUCACCUGGAUCAAGCGGAGGAUCGUCUACUACUCCAACUAGUGAUUGCUCGACUAAUUAUUCUCCAAAUUACUCACCUACUGGUAUGGGAAACUCUCUUAAUAAUAGGGUAGGAGAUUGGGAACAUGCAAGCGGAACUAGCAGAUGG